UCUCCAGGCCCAAAUGGUCUCCAUGGUCUCCCUGGUAACCCCGGUCCUCUAGGCGAAGGACCCUGGGGAAAGCAUGGAGACAAAGGGUUCCCCGGAUGGCCCGGUACACCCGGUUCUCGUGGGGCGGCAGGAACGCCAGGUGAAAGCUUUGUAGGUAUCAGAGGACAGCAUGGCCCACCCGGUGAUGACGGCCUCGCAGGCUAUGACGGAGUUCAGGGAACGCCUGGAAGUCCGGGCGGCUGUAUUCCACAUGGAGCUGGAGGACAGGUGGAUGUGACAGGUGAUUGUGAACCUAUCCCAGGUCCUCCUGGUCAGCCUGGACCUCAAGGAAUCAGUGGAAUAUCAGGUUCUCCAGGAGUUCCUGGCCCAAAAGGUUUCUCCGGUGCGCAAGGAGUCAAUGGAGAGAAAGGAGAAGAAGGAGAGCGCGGCAGAGGCGGCAUUCCUGGACCACGAGGUUUUCCUGGUCCCCGUGGAGACUUGGGGACUCCUGGCACUAAAGGCUCUUCAGGGAAUCCYGGUGUUCCGGGCAUGCCUGGCCGAUACGGAUCUCAAGGGGRAAAAGGUGCUCACGGAGAAGUAAUGGGAGCAUCGUCUGGCCCUCCAGGCGACCCAGGACUACCUGGCCUGCGAGGGCAAAAGGGCCUACUUGGAGAUCAAGGGCAGCCAGGGUUUUCAGGAAUCCCAGGGAUGCCUGGCAUGAUCGGCUUCAGGGGACUGAAAGGUGCCCCAGGCCUGCCAGGGGAAGAGGGAAGAUCCGGRCCAGCUGGGACGUACGGCUUCCCCGGGGAUCCUGGCAGGUCGGGCCCACCUGGUCCGGCAGGGACAACUGGAGAGCCAGGAAGAACUGGAGAGAGAGGAAYAGGAGGUGACCCAGGUCCUCCAGGUCCAACAGGAUUAAAAGGAAUGCCAGGUGUUUWUGGAGAUGAUGGUGGGAUCGGAGAGCGCGGCCCRCCAGGUGACCCUGGAGAACCAGGUGCAACUGGACGACCAGGCCUUCAAGGACUCAAAGGAACAAAAGGUAGUCAUGGAACGUAUGGUUUUGAGGGAGUCACAGGAAAUCCUGGUCUGAAGGGCUUUGAGGGACUAAAAGGGGGGUCUGGAACGCCUGGAGAAGUUGGCCUGAAAGGACUGUCAGGCGCAAAGGGAGAGAGAGGCGAACAAGGUCUGCAAGGUAAACCGGGGGUUAUGUCACCUAAAAUGCUUAUCCACAUAAAGGGAACCAAAGGAGAGCACGGACACCAGGGCAAUCCGGGUUUUACCGGACCAAGAGGUACCAAAGGUCACCAAGGUGUGCCGGGCUAUGAUGGAGCUCAUGGUCUUCCAGGGGACCCCAGCGAUGAAAAAGGAGUUCAUGGGGAUCCAGGUGCACAGGGCCUGCCAGGCAUUAAGGGAAUGCCAGGGACACCUGGAAGCAGAGGCAUUCAAGGCUUUGACGGAAUGCAUGGCAACAAGGGGGGCAAAGGAAGCCCGGGUGCCUACGGUCAUACAGGAGUACAAGGAAAGAAAGGAGGAAAAGGUGACAAGGGCAUUCAAGUGGACCUUCCAGGAUCUCCAGGAUUGAGAGGAGAGGAUGGAUUUACAGGAGAACCAGGUCUGAAAGGUCUACUUGGACCAAUCGGGGACCUUGGCAUAACCGGAUUUGACGGUAUUGAAGGGGUAAAGGGAGAAGCCGGGAAUCUGGGAAUAGAAGGAUUCCCAGGGUUGGAUGGGCAGAGAGGAACUCCGGGGAACCAAGGUCAAAAGGGUUUUCCUGGAAUUCCCGGGGAAGAUGGAAUACCAGGMGUUCCUGGCUUCUCCGGAAGUAAAGGUUAUUCCGGCCUACAGGGUCUUUAUGGAUUAGAUGGACUGAAAGGACAGAAGGGUGUCUCAGGAACACCAGGUCUGGACAUUGUUGGACCUGCUGGAGAAACUGGAGUUAAAGGCAGGAAAGGAGAAAGCGGUAUUUCCAACAGCCAGCCAGGUUCUCCAGGUCCAUCAGGACUGAAAGGCUUCCAGGGAAAUCUGGGUGACUAUGGCCAACCUGGACUGCCAGGAUUACGUGGCCUUCAGGGACCAAGCGGGAUCCCAGACAUAGCGGGAAAGAGGGGGAAUCCUGGCUUCCCAGGACCUCGAGGAUCCCAAGGUUAUCCUGGAGCAAGCGGACCACCUGGACUGGAUGCUUUCCCAGGAGAGAAAGGUGUACCAGGCGAAAAUGGGUUCCCCGGCCCCACUGGCACGAGAGGAUCUCGAGGAGAUUCAGGUCCAGCAGGCUACAGGGGCCCUGAUGGAAUCUCUGGGAAGAAAGGACCAAAGGGAGACCAAGGUCACAUGGGAAUUCCUGGACAGACUGGCUUACAGGGAGAGAGAGGACCAGUGGGCCCGAAAGGAGACACUGGAUUGCCAGGUUUUCCUGGAGCGCCUGGGAGCCAGGGCGGUCUUCCACCUUCCAUUACAGUCCCAGGAGAAAGAGGCCUUCCAGGACCGCGAGGUAUCCAAGGCCCGAAAGGGAUUUCAGGGGGGCCAGGACCUCGAGGCCCACCUGGAGAUCCAGGGUUCAUGGGACCUGUUGGAGUUAAAGGCAUGCCUGGGAUUGGUGGUACUCCAGGAGUGCCAGGUUACCGUGGCGAGGUGGGCAAUGUGGGGCACCCUGGUCUCCAAGGCAUGGAAGGUCAAAGAGGCAGGUCCGGYGGCCCAGGAUUACCUGGCAUGGCGGGCCGCAGUAUCAGCGUGGGCUACCUGCUGGUGAAACACAGUCAGUCAGACCAGACGCCAAUGUGUCCGGUGGGAAUGUCUAAACUGUGGGACGGUUACAGUCUACUGUACCUGGAGGGCCAAGAGAAGGCCCACAACCAGGACCUCGGUUUGGCUGGUUCCUGCCUCCCACGGUUCAGCACCAUGCCCUUUCUGUACUGCAACCCUGGGGACAUUUGCUACUACGCCAGCAGAAAUGAUAAGUCCUACUGGCUGUCAACCACUGCUCCCCUCCCCAUGAUGCCUGUGGAAGAAAAAGAAAUCCAGCCGUACAUCAGCCGUUGCUCGGUUUGCGAGGCUCCAUCAGUCGCUAUUGCAGUUCACAGUCAGGACAUCACCAUCCCACAGUGUCCCGUGGGCUGGAGGAGCCUGUGGAUUGGCUACUCAUUCCUCAUGCAUACGGCAGCAGGAAACGAAGGCGGCGGUCAGUCCCUGUCAUCGCCCGGCUCCUGCCUGGAGGACUUCCGCACAACGCCUUUCAUUGAGUGUAACGGAGCCAAGGGCACAUGCCACUACUUUGCUAACAAGCACAGCUUCUGGCUGACAUCCAUAGACCAGUCGUUCCAUACUCAGCCAUCAUCGGAGACGCUAAAGGCGGGCCAGCUCCUCUCACGCAUCAGCCGCUGUCAGGUCUGCAUGAAGAACCUGUGAGGAACUCUGCCGCAGCGCCGACAGACGGACCUGAAGUUCUUACCUGAGUCGACGCCAACGAGUAACUUUCUCRCAAGCCRCAGAGCUCAGAUGUGCAAUGACUGUGCAAUUCUUUGAGCUUUAAUGUGCACUGUAGAUACAGCAAGGAAAGCCAUAAAAUAAGAACUGCAUCAUGGAACAACUGUAUGUUUGUUAUCUGUAAUUUUGUGUGUUAAACUUGACUUGGUGCUUUACUUUUUAACUUAUUACCUCAGUUAUUAUGACACAUUGUUAACCAUCAAAGACCACAAAGUACAGCUGAACCAAAGAUGCUUCUGUUUAACUGCGUAUUCCUGUGGCUGAGCUGCAGCAGCCCCACCUUGAAGCCACUAACACUGCCUCCCAGCCAGCUGAGGGUCCUUUUUUUUUUACAUAUCCUGCAUCAUUUUAUUUGCUUGUACAAAGCCUAUUUUUCUAUAUUUACAGCAAACUGUGCUCUUUUUUUUUUAAAUGCAUGCAUCAACUACUGUUAGCUCAACUGUUUUUCAUAUGUUCACAAAAUGCACUGACUSUGUUUAGACAUUUAAAUAAAAUAAAUUUGACCCUCUC